CCCAGCGCCGGCAGCCAGCCCACUCCCCGACGCCGCCCCCAGCUUCCGAGCUCCGCGACACUUUGCGCGCGCAUUCACUCCUUCCAUCCCUCCUCCCCCUGAACCCCCACGGCGAGGUCUCCCAAUCGCCCAAGAUGCUCGCCUCCAACACCACCAGACGAGCACUCGCCUCGUGCUCCUCCUCCUCGACAGCCACCGCAGUCCUCCCCAGCUUCCUCGUACCAGCCCUCCAGACCAGUGCGCCCCGACGAACAUUCUCGGCCACAGCGAACCGGCCGUCAAAGUUGGGGAGGAAUCCAAUCUCUAUCCCUCCCGGAGUAGAGCUUCAAGUGGGGGAUCUGUUCGUCAAGAAGGAUGUGACCACCUACCUGCAAACCAAGAAGAGGAAGGUGGUCGUGAAGGGGCCAUUGGGCCAACUGGAGCUCGACAUCCCCUCCUUCGUCAAACUCGACCACGACGCCGAGGGCAGGAAAGCAGUCUUGACCGUGGAAGACAAGGAGCAAAAGAAGCAAAUGGAGAUGUGGGGUACUACCUGGUCCUACCUCAACAACUACAUCAUGGGCGUAUCAGAAGGCCACACUGCUGUCCUCCGCCUCGUCGGUAUCGGUUACAGAGCCACAGUCGAGCCCCGCCCCGCCCUCGAAGAGUACCCCGGCCAGCAGUUCGUCUGCCUCAAGCUCGGUUUCUCCCACCCCGUCGAGAUGGGCCUCCCCCUCGGCAUGAAGGCCAGUGCGCCCCAACCAACCCGCGUCCUCCUCGAGGGUAUCGACAAGGAGCAAAUCAUGUCCUUUGCCGCCAAAAUCAGGAGGUGGAGAGUGCCGGAGCCGUACAAGGGGAAGGGCAUUUUCAUUAAUGAUGAAACGAUCAAGCUCAAGGCAAAGAAGAUCAAAUAAAUGAUGCGCCAUCAGGAGAAGAAAAGGGGCAUCUGUGUACAUCUAGCAGUAGUAUUCACCAUUGGAUUCUUGGUGAGUUGUAUGACCGUGUGGCCUGUAUCUGUGCCAUAAGAACUUGUACAUUUACUUCAGACGUUUUUUUCUGCUUUUUCCCUUGCCAUGCUUUAUUUUACACCCAGGACCUCCUGAACGACGCUCAGGACUUGGCUGUGAACCGCCUUUGGCGCAGCAAUGACACCGCUGUUGGUGGCCAACGUCCUCCCCACGCCAAAAUUCAGACGGUUACCCUUGAUAUCGGUUACCUGGCCGCCAGCUUCCCUCACAAUCAAAUCACCAGCAGCGUGAUCCCAGAUCUUCUCCUGGUAUGUCUUAGAAGUCGGCAAACGCAGGUAGAUAUCUCCCGCGCCUCUGGCAAUAGACCCGUACUUGGCCUGCGAGUCCAUUCUCACACUCUGCUUGGUAAUCCCCAGCUUCUGCGCAAUCUGCGCCGACUCGCUCUGAUUCGAGUGCCCCGCCUCGACGCUCUCGCAAAAGCUUGCGUUGGACAUGUCGGUAAGAGGCUUCAUAGAGAUGCUCCUCCCCUCAGCCAGGGCACCGGCCUUGAGAGGUCUGCUCGUUGCGCCCUGUCCAAUAACCGCAGAAAAAAGCACACCCCUCCCUUCGUCGUCGGUAGCAUUAGCCCCGAUAUCGGCCGUCAAAGGUGCCGCAUCGUCAACCGGCAAGUUAGGACACCCAAUCGCUCCCACUUUGACAUCCCCGUCCUCUAGCAGGGCAAGGCAAACGGCGUAUUGCCCCCCUCUCAAAAAACCCUUGGUGCCAUCAAUUGGAUCAAUAGUCCAGACCCUCCCGACUUUUCCACCUUUGCUGUUUCCUUGGUCGAUGAUAUCAAGCAUUGCAUCCGCAUCCUUGAUCCCGCCUCCCAAAAGCCCCUCAGCAGCGACGUCAUCCAAGCUGGUAGUGCGGACAAGCUCCCAGAUUUGAUCGCGGAGGGGAGGGUUGGCGCGGAGCUCGGUGGCCUCUUCCUCGGCGACGAUUUCGUCGUGGGGGAAGUUGUGCUUGAGGGCGGAGAUGAUCAGGGCUUGGGCGCCGAAGUCGCCGAUGGUGACGGGGGAGGCGUCGUCUUUGGAGACGGUUCCUUUGGAGGUCUCGUGGAAGACGCGUUUGGUGAGGAUGGAGGCGCGUUGGACGGCUAGCUGGGCGAUUUCGAGCUCGCGGGAGUAGAGGGACGUCAUUUUGGCGAGGUUUGGGGUGGUGGAUUGGGAGCGGAGGUGGGAGAGGAUGAGGGUGAGGCGGGGGGUUAUGGAGGGGAUGAAGGCCGCCAGGAUGAGGAUUAGGAGAGAGGUGAGUAACAAGGGAGGAAGACGGAAUUUAUGAGAGGGAUCACGAGGCAUUAAACAGAGUGAAGGCUCAGAGAAGUUUGCCCACGCUCUUGGUGAUCGCGUUAGGUAAGAUGGGUGGGUGGUGGGAGC